AUGUCUGGCAUUGAUCCCAAUACUCGAAGGGAAGUCAAUAAAGCAAUCAUCGACUCCGGGGCCGCCAUUGUUGGACAAAUGGUUGCCGCUGCCAACUCCUCUGUUGAGAAACGUCGUAGGAACAAAGAGGAGCGAGAAAGACGCGAGGCUCAAGUGAAGGCUGCCAAGGAGAAGGCAGAUGCCGCUGUUCGUGCUCAACCCCGCCCUUUCAAAUGA